CGCUGCAAUAACCUCGCAAUUCCAGCAGGUGGCAGGAGUCCAACACGUUGACUGUGGGCAGCCGUUUAAAAGCCAAAGAGGAAGAAGACGCUUUUAUUUUGAAGCUGCCCAAGUGUUAUCUUACUUUGAAAUGUGUCUAGGAUUUGUUUUCGGAAGUCGAUUCCCCCCAUCUAUCGCUCCGAGUCCUCGGUGAGGACUUCCAUGGAUCAGUCUGAAUGAAUUUUCUGCUUCUUCGUGGCGUGUAAAUCACCAGUUAUCGCAGCGUGGACAUGCAGAUCCUGACUCCGCAGGUUUUCUGGGCGCAGCGGCACGGAGAGAUUUUUCUCCGGGUGGAACUGAGCGAUGCUUCGGACGUUGAUAUCAGUUUGCAGGGGCACAACACCCUCCAGUUCAGAGCUCAGGGUCAUGGAGCUAAAGGAGACAACCAGUAUGAGUUCAACCUGGAGUUCCUGGAACCAGUUAAACCAGAGAUCCACCAAAAGUUGACGCAGCGCCAGGUGGACAUUAAGAUCCGGAAGCGGGACGAGCGCUGGUGGGAGCGGCUGACGCUGCGGGAGAAGAAGCCGCUGUUUCUGGCUCCGGACUUCGACCGCUGGUUGGAUGAGUCGGAUGCCGAGAUGGAGCUCCAGGCCAAGGCAAGAACCAGACAAACAACUCUGAGGGAGAAAAGAGGAAAAAAUGAAAAUCAUGAAAGAGAAUUCACCUACAUCAGCCUGAAGAAGGGAUACUUGUUCAUGUACAACCUGGUGCAGUUCCUGGGAUUCUCCUGGAUCUUCGUCAACAUGACCGUUCGACUCUUCAUCCUCGGUCAAGACUCGUUCUACGACACCUUCCACACCACGGCGGACAUGAUGUAUUUCUGCCAGAUGAUGGCCGUGCUGGAGGUCGUCAACCCCUUACUGGGUCUGGUUAAAACCGGAUUCUUCCCUGCGAUGAUCCAGGUGGCGGGGAGGAACGUCAUUUUGUUCGUCAUCUUCGGCUGCCUGGACGAGAUGCAGAACAAGGCCGUGGUGUUCUAUGUCUUCUACCUGUGGAGCUCCAUCGAGAUCUUCAGAUAUCCGUUCUACAUGCUGGCCUGCAUCGGCACAGACUGGAAGCCGCUGACGUGGCUCAGGUACAGCCUGUGGAUCCCUCUGUACCCGCUGGGGGUCGUAGCUGAAGCGGUGGCUGUGAUCCAGUCCCUGCCCAUCUUUGACGAGACGCGUCUGUUCAGCGUCCCGCUGCCCUCCGCGCUCGGACACUCGUUAAGUUUCUCCUACACGCUGCAGCUCUACCUGGUCGUCAUGUUUCUGGGACUCUUCAUUAACUUCAGACAUCUGUACAAGCAGAGACAGAGACGCUACCGAUCCAGGAAAAGGAAAGUCCACUAACGGAUCCACUUCCUGUCUUUGUUCUCGCCUGACCUGAUCGGGUUUGGUUUCGCUCUCAAUGCCUUCUCUUCCCAUCUUCCACUUCACACUUUAUCUUGUGAAAUCCUGCUUUCACUGAUAAGUUGUGAAUUUAUUGGUUAUUAUUUAUUUAAAGGAGCAAAUGCUAAGUUUAAAACCCACUGAUGGACAUAAUAUAAGUUUUUAUUUUAAAUAUGACAAUCUGAUUGUUUUAGGUUUUGACAAAAAAACUUUUUGUUAGAAUCCGAUCCGAUGCAUUCUGAUUUCAUAACACAAAAAUAUGAAAAAUGAGAAAUUUGUUUCAUUAAAAACUAAGAAAAAAAAUUGUUCCACAAUAAACCAGACAUGCAGUAUUUUAAUAAAACGCAUUAGGUUGUCAUUUUUCAGGGAAAAGUUUGUGUACACUGCAAAAACAAACUCUUACCAAGUGUUUGUGGUCUAGUUUCUAGUCCAAAUAUCUUCAUAUCAUUGAAUUA